AUGCUAUAACAAUAGGUGGCCCUGAAUUUUGAAUAUCUAAAACCGGCUUAAUAUUUGAUCGAUGCAAUAGUGCAUGAUCGUAUAAAUACUGUUGAUUACUCUAGCAUAAUAUAUAAAGAGGAGAGAGAGAUCUAAGAGUUAGAGAAGAAUUUGGGAGAAUGUGCCAUAUGAUGCUUAUGAAAAAGAGAAGAUGGCUGAUUUUAUGAAGAUAGUAGCAAAGAAUAAAAUACAAUUGCCAGCAGAGUAAAUCUAAUUGAUAUCCCCAUUAUAGUUGGCAAGACAGUGAUACUCUGAAAAUGGUUUAUUGUGGCAAAUUUAAAGAUAAGAAUUACUUAAAAGUCUUACAAUCUCAUUUAGUCUGGAGAGCAGUGCCAAACAAUUUCUAACCCACUGAUAUCAAUAUUGCAUUUUUACAAAAAGGCAUUGUAUACACCUUUGGAAGAGACAAAUAGCAACGACCCAUCAUAAUUAUGAAUCUUGAAUUGGUCAAUUUGAAAUAGGUGAAUAAUUUAGUUAACUUUUAGUUUAAUGAAGAGGUCUACAUCAAUGCAUUAAGCUACUAUUUCGGUAUAAUCAAGAAAAACUGCUUUGUUCCUGGAAAAAUUGAAAAUUGGGUAUUCAUAAUGGAUACUAAAAAAUUAGGACUUUCCAAAUUUCCAUUUAAAGUAAUAAUAUCUAUAUGAUAGGCUAUUCAAAUUGCAACAAAAACUAUGCAAGUCAAUUUUUGUGGUUGUUUGGACAAAUUAUAUUUAUUAAAUCCUUCAAGUUCAUUGAGUUUUUCAUGGAAGAUGGUAUCUGGUAUUGAAAUUAUAUUGAUAUCAAGCUGUUGCUGAUGCUGAUACAAUGGAAAAAGUAUAAAUGUUGAAGCCUAAUGAAUAUACCAAAAUUUAAGAGAGAAUCCCUGCAAAUCAAUUAGAAGAGUAAUAUGGAGGAAAAGUCGCUAAUUUGACAAAAUUCUGGUAAUCAUUACAAUAGUGAGAUUAGGCCACCUAUUAAUAUAGAGAUUCCAGGGGGAUAUACUGAGGAAAUCUUGAAAGCGGUAGAAUCUAUGAAAACAGCUGAAAUAGUAAUUCAAAAGGAAGUGCCUGCUUCAGAAGAGGAUGAAUUGAAAUUAUAGGAAUAGAUGGCGAAAAUUCAAAUUAAGAAAGAAGACGAUGAUGAUGAUUGA